ACUCAUUUAGAACUUCUAGAAAGAAAGAGAGAAAUUAAUGGAUUUGAGAUAUGGUGGUAGAGAUGGUGGUGAUGGACCUUGUGGUGCUUGUAAGUUUCUAAGGAGAAAAUGUGUGAAAGGUUGUUGCAUAUUUGCACCAUAUUUUGAGUCAUCAGGACAAGGAAGUGCUCAUUUUGCAGCAGUUCAUAAGGUGUUUGGUGCUAGCAAUGCAGCUAAGUUACUGAUGCGGAUUCCAGUUCAUAAACGUCUUGAUGCUGUUGUUACUCUUUGUUAUGAGGCUCUUGCUAGAGCUACUGAUCCUGUUUAUGGUUGUGUUGCUCACAUCUUUGCUCUUCAACAACAGGUUGUGGAGUUGCAAGCAGAGUUAGCUUAUGUACAAGCCCGUCUUUCAAUAUUGAAUCGCAUAUCUCAAGAACCUCAAUUUCAACAACCUCAGAACUCUUCAAUAUCCCCAACAAUGCAUUCCUCAUCACUUCAUCAUUUGUCAUCAAACAAUGAAACUUCUUACAUGUCCAUGCAAAAUCAUCAUCCAAUACCUUUUGAAUUAAGCAACUUUCACAAUAAUCCAUCAUACUAUUCCUAUCAUCAACAACUCAAUGACCAAGAACUCCAAGCUAAUUUGCCAUGA